UUACCACUGGAGGAAAAGCAUUUUUGCAAAAGCCACAUUAAAUUGGUGCAACAUCGUUGUAUCCAACGUUAAUAAACAAAUAAUAAUAAUAAAAUUCUAUGUGGAUUCCCUUGUGAGCCCCCUCCUCCAGGCUUGAAUGAAUUCUGUUCUCAGGUUAGCCUUGGACACUAGUACCCUGGCCUUGAGGCAGAACCACCUGAUUGGCCUUACGAGCAGUUCUUAGAUUUCUGUGGAACCAUAUCUCUAUGCUCUACCACCGGUUUUCAACAAUGCUCUGCCAGCAUCUAAGAAACCAGACUUUCUGGUUAAGGGGCACUGGUUUCCGAACUUGCCAAAUCAAGACCAUUUCACGAUCUCUGUCAAGAAUCGUUGGAAGUCCCCAUCGUAACAACUGUCAUCGAGGAUGGAGGUCCCAGGAAAUUCUAUCAGUUUGUUUUAAGUCUGACAGUUGGGCCACUAGGAUUCCAUUAUGUGGUCAGUUUGUUCCAGGAUCUUCUCAAAGCAGGACAAUUUGCUCUACAACUUCCUUGUCUGCAGCAUCUACAGGCAACAUAGGUAGUGGUUUUGGCUGGUAUGAAAGUUUGUCAGACUCUGCUCCUGUGAACCUUGCGGAGAGCAUGCUAAUUUCUCUUCAUGAGACCUCAGGGAUGCCAUGGUGGGCAAAUAUCAUCUGUGCUACUGUAGCUCUCAGAACAACGGUCACACUACCUUUAUCGGUGUAUCAGAUGUACAUACUAGCAAAGGUGGAGAACUUGCAACCUGAGAUUGACGCAUUAGCGAAGCGGCUACGCUAUGAAGUAUCUGUUUAUGGGAAUCAACAUGGCUGGACUGAUAAAGUUGCCAGAUUCCAGUUCAGAAAGAACUUGAGAAGGAUUAUCUCAGGACUGUACGUGAGAGACAAUUGCCACCCUGUCAAAGCAAGUCUGCUGAUCUGGAUCCAGAUUCCAAUGUGGAUCUUUGUUUCUAUUGCUCUAAGAAAUAUCAGUCUGAACAGAACAGCUGACACAACAGGGGACGCUGUUCAAAAGCAACUUACAGAAGGUGGAUUACUCUGGUUUCCUGAUCUAACCGUGCCAGAUUCUACAUGGGUUCUUCCAGUAACUUUGGGGUUACUCAAUUUAUUCAUAGUGGAGAUAUUUGCUUUGCGCAAAAUUGAACUGUCAAGAUUUCAGAAGAUAAUAACAAAUUUUAUUCGAGCGAUAUCUAUUGCAAUGAUCCCCAUUGCCGCCACUGUUCCUUCAUCUAUGGCUCUUUACUGGGUCACCUCAAGUUGUGUGGGCUUGGCACACAAUCUGCUGCUUCGAUCUCCGGCUCUGCGCAGGGUUUGCAGAAUUCCAAGGUCCAAGUCUGACUCUGACACGCCGUACAAAGACAUACUUUCAGCCUUUGUAGUUAAAUACUUUUCAAAGAAAUGAUGCGUAUAUGUCCUUUUAUCCUUGAGUGUAAAUACUAGUAUAAUAUACUAUUUAUAAAGUAUUUUCAACCCUU